AUGAGUCAAUUAAGAAAUUUUCUUUAUAAAAUUCUUUCGCACGAAGAAUCAACAGAAGUUCCAGUGGAUAUUAAUAUGCAUGAACAAGAUCUUUGCUUUAUAUGUCAAGAUAAUAUUGACCCAACACUCAAAGAGUCUGUAACGCUAUUAAGUUGCAAGCAUAUUUUCCACAAACUAUGCAUCGAUCCUUGGACCCAUUGUCCACAAUGUGAUUAUCAAGAAAAUUUGGAUAGUGAUGAUUCUGAUAAUUCAGAAAAAAUGAGCAUUCAAAUGUCUCGACAAGCCAGCUCCAUUGAUUUUAUAUUGAACUCUGAAGCUGAUAAUUCUAUCACAACUUCCAAAAUGAGACGUUUGAUUAGGGAAUUAAAUACUCCCAUC